AUGUCAUCUCACACUGCACACGAGCCUGCUGCAGCGGACAGGCACGUUGACGCUGCAAAGGUGGGCAGCUCGGCUGCAUGUACAGCCGGCAGUACAUCGCCAUCGGCCAGUCGCCCCGCAAAGGACGCCGGCCCCACGCAAAAACUUCAAGAACAGACCGGUGAAGGUGAAGAGGCAUCGGCUACUGUAGCAGCAGCAUCGGCACAGUCCGCGCCUUCUGGCCACCACGAUGCAGCCUCAGUGCAUUCUGGAAGGGAAGUCCCCAGUGACUCUGAUGGUGACACCGACGCAGAUGGUGAACCACUACCGCCAGGCGUUACGGCAUCAGAAAGCUCGACUUCAUGUGACGGAGAAACGAUGGAUCUGUACGAGCUAUUCCGUCACUCGCAGAUCGAGCCCGAAGUGCCGGAGAUGCCUGGGACACACACCUCUGCAUUACCAGCGGACGUGUUGCAGUGUAUCUUUUAGUGGGUGGUGUCAUCCUCGCUGGAUGUCUACACUCUGGAGAAAUUGUCCGAGUCGUGCCGGCAGUUCUACUUGUGGAGUCGCUACCAAGUGCUCUGGCGAGCCGUAUGCCGCAGAAUAUGGGGAAAGGCCACCAUAGCAGCACCCGAACUAUCGUGGCAAUACCACUGUCAGACUGUGUCACAUCCGCUCUACCAUGGUUGUUAUGUAAGCUCGACAAUGCAGUUCUACUUGUGGAGUUGCCACCAUGUGCUCUGGCGAGCCGCAUGCCGCAGAAUAUGGGGAAAGGCCACCAUAGCAGCACCCGAACUAUCGUGGCAAUACCACUAUCAGACUGUGUCACAUCCGCUCUACCAUGGUUGUUAUGUAAGCUCCACAAUGUACUAUCGUGGUGGAGAGAAGUCGCUGGAUGAGUUCUACAAGCCGUACCACACCGUUGUGUAGUAGAAGGGAAGCAAAUGAAAUGCUGGGCUCUUAUUGCGAGCUUCAUUCUUAUUCAUAGCUUGUGGAGCAAUUAAGGGGC